AUGAAGAUGCAUUCUGCCUCUGUCUCGCCACUGCUGGCACUCCCCAUCGAACUCCAACUCACCAUCUACGAACUCGCCGUCGCAUCUCCAGAACCACUACUAUUGAACUGCGCCUGCAACAGUUCCUACCGCAACAACUUUAAGGAACUCAAAAAAGACACCGAAGCCUGGAAGAAUGGCACCAAACACGCCCCUCACGAACCCGGCCUCAUGAAGACGAACCGCCAGAUCAGGAACCUCACCCUCCCCAUCUUCUACGGCCAAAACACCUUCCGGAUGCACUACUGCAGCGGCACCGACGACCUCCCUGCCCUUGAAUGGCUCGCAAAUAUAGGCGAGACGAAACGGCGGAUGCUGUUGUUGUUCUUCCUGUACGAUCGUAAUGUCGGAUACGAUGGGAUGAGUCCACGGCAUAUUCUCCAAAUCAAUCUGAAACUGAGGGCCAAGUACGAUGUCACCAUCGAGCCCGUGAUGGCGAGGCUGUGUGUUUGUUGGCAUGUUAGUUUCCACGGCAUUGAGGCGCUGGAAAGGGUUGGAGGGUUGGAGGGGCCUGUGGGAAGGAGGUAA